GCACGACACCGUGGGUGGGGCCGGGACGUGAGGGCAGCGUGCUGGCGUCACAGGGGCGGCUAUAUAAGUGAACACAGGCACCGCCCCUCUGCCCCAGUCACUGAGCCGCCGCCGAGGACUCAGCAGCCUCCCCCUUGAGCCCCCUCGCUUCCCGACGUUCCGUCCCCCCUGCCCGCCUUCUCCCGCCGCUGCCGCCUUCCGCAGGCCGUUUCCACCGAGGAAAAGGAAUCGUAUCGUAUGUCCGCUAUCCAGAACCUCCACUCUUUCGACCCCUUUGCUGAUGCAAGUAAGGGUGAUGACCUGCUUCCUGCUGGCACUGAGGAUUAUAUCCAUAUAAGAAUUCAACAGAGAAACGGCAGGAAGACCCUUACUACUGUCCAAGGGAUCGCUGAUGAUUACGAUAAAAAGAAACUAGUGAAGGCGUUUAAGAAGAAGUUUGCCUGCAAUGGUACUGUAAUUGAGCAUCCAGAAUAUGGAGAAGUAAUUCAGCUACAGGGUGACCAACGCAAGAACAUAUGCCAGUUCCUCGUAGAGAUUGGACUGGCUAAGGACGAUCAGCUGAAGGUUCAUGGGUUUUAAGUGCUUGUGGCUCACUGAAGCUUAAGUGAGGAUUUCCUUGCAAUGAGUAGAAUUUCCCUUCUGUCCCUUGUCACAAGUUUAAAAACCUCACAGCUUGUAUAAUGUAACCAUUUGGGGUCCGCUUUUAACUUGGACUAGUGUAACUCCUUCAUGCAAUAAACUGAAAAGAGCCAUGCUGUUUAGUCUUGAAGUCCCUCAUUUAAACAGAGGUCAAGCAGUAGGUGCCUGGUAGUGUCAAGCUUGAAACCAAGCAGUACCAUCAUGAUUCAGCCAAACCCAGAGCCCUGAGAUCACAGACAACCAUGGCCAGAAGCUCCUCCGCUCUCCCUCUGCAGAGUUCCCUGCCCUAAGAGAAUGUUACCACCUGAACAGUCCUCAGUGAAUCUGAAAGGAGAGGAUGGGGUAAGGCAGCACCAGCAGCUGUACCACUAGAAGGGAGCCUCUGGUGGUAGAAGAUCCCCUGGUGUCUCCAGCCUGACCUGGUCAGAGUUCAGAGAGGCCCCCUUCCCUCUAGUGAGAUGAUAGGACAUCUGGCUUGCCACAAAGGUCUGUUUGACUAGACGUAUCCUAGCUAAGGGAUGUCCAAACAUCAGAAUGUGAGGCUAACCUUCUAUCAGAGUUAAACUUUUGACAAGGGAACAAAUCUGAAACUGAUGAGUCAUGUAGCUAGCUGUAGAGCUUGCACCUUAAUAGCAGUGGCUGCCUAAUGCCAUGUGAAGUAACAAACUGGUUUUUGGUUUUUUUCCCUUUCAGUUUUAAUGUUAUGUGUAAUGUAUUUAAACCCUUAUUUAAAUAAAACUUGUUUUCAGAAAUA